AUGAUUUACUCCAAAUUAGAUUUAUUUACAUCUUAAUUUUAAUUUAAUGUAGAUAAUUAGUCUAAUAAAAAGGGAACUCUUAUUGGAACUAUUAUAUCAUUUAUGGUUAUAACAACUAGCUUGGCUUACUUUAUUUAUAUACUUAGAUUGUACUUAAUAAAUCAAAUUGAACCAAGCUAUAGAUCUUAAAGCUUCAUAUCUAAUGAUAACAUAGAAAUAUAGUUAAAUAAUGAUUUUGUAGGAUUUAAAUUUGAUACAGCAAAUAUUAAGAUGGAUGAAAGUAAGACAUAUUUAGUUUAUAUGGCAUUUUAUAUCGAAAGAACAUAGAAUAGCUAUAAAUAUAUACCCCUCAAUGUUAAAAGUUGUACUAACGCUAAUCUUUUAGGAUAUAAUUGCUUAGAUUUUUCUCAGUUAGAAAAUCAAACAUUAUCUUUUAAUUCUAAAGAGAAUACAUUGUCCUAAAUUUAGAUUCUUACUUAUGGUUGUCUUGAUAUUGAUUUAGUAAAAACAACUAUUCCUAAUAAUUGCGCCAGCUAAGCUGAAAUAGAUGCUCUUAUAAAUGGAAUUAAUGCUGUAUUAACCUAUAAAUUGUAUACUACUUAAUACAAUACCACCUCGCAGGAAAUACAACCAAAUUACAGGACUUAAUAAGUUUACACAGCUUCUUAUUAGUAAAUUAUUACUUAGAUCAAAGCUUAAAAGCAGACCACCUCAAUAAAAGAUGGUUAUAUUAUCUAAGGUGAAACAAGUUUUUCUUCUCCAUAUUAAUACUUUUCUUAAAACUCUGUUAUAGAUAGGUAGUAUGCGUUAUAAGUAAUAGGCUCUGGAUCUUAUAAUGUAGCUGCAGUCAGUUUAGAUGAGGUUAUUUAUGAAAUUUAAAUUUAAUUCUAAACUUUACCUUAAAUUUUUGCUCUAUCGAAUAGCAUUUUUACACUGUUGAUGACCCUAGGUAUUAUUGGCAGGUUUGCUUCUCAGAAUUCAAUAAAUAAAGAUUUUUUCAUGAUCUUUUUCAAAACAUUUUAUUAAGGUAGCUAUUUUAAGCUCAUUAAUUUAAACAAUUUAUUUGGUAAUAAAAUAGAAAAUUCAAAUAUUUAAACCAAUAUAGAAAAAUAAUAAUAAAACUCAUAGAUAGUUCCUGAAAAAAAAAGCUAAAAUGAAGUUAGUCUUCAUAUAGAAAUGGAAAAUGAGAUUUUAGCUUCAAAUAUAUUUGUUCCUUAAUUUUCAAACAAUAUGAAAUUUAAUUUAGACAAUGCAAAAAAUAACAAAAUAUAGAAAAAAAAUAGUUAAAUUCAGUCCAAUAUUUGUGAUUUAGAAAAAGUAAAAGAAGGUAAUAGCUCGCAAAAGAAGUAAAUUUUAGAAUAAGGGGAUGAAAACAUUUAGACACCUAAAAUACAAGAGGCUUUAUUAAGCUAGGAACCACAGUAUUCUAAUAAUAUUGAAAAUGGUUUAUUACAAAGCAAUUAAAAUGAACAAAUCAAAGACUCACACAAUAAUUUGUAAAGCCAAAAUAUUUUGAAUGGUUAAUAAGCUUUAAAUAAAGAGGGAAAAUCUUAAUUUUCUUCUUUACAAUUAUAGAAAAAUUAAGAAUCAAAGUAAAUAGAAAAAUAUAAGAACAGUUGUGGUGAAAAACUUCAAAUUAUUUAAAAUCAAAAUAUUUCUAAUAGGCUAUAGAAAAUUAUAUUCGAUAUAAGUUUGUGGUGUACAAAAAAAAAGUAGUCUCAAAUAAAUAGAUAAAAUAAGUAGGUUUUAAUGAAAGUUGAAAAACUUAUUGCUAAAGAAUUAAACAUAUACAAUUUAUUCAAAGAUAUAAUGUUCUUGAAAAAAGCUAUUUUUUUAAUUUUGACUCAAGAUUAGUUAGCAGCGCUUUAACUUGUCAGUUGCUCUUAGAACUUUUUAGAUUUAGAUAUUAAUAAAUUAGAUCAAAAUUUAAAUUCAUUAGAACAAAAUUUAAACCAUCUAGAACUGUAGAUACUAACGUAAGAUUACGAAAAAUAUUAGUAACAGUAUUUCCAAUAGUUUUUAUAAAGAUGUACUACCAGCCAAAAUAUGAGCUAAUUAGAUGAAAGAAUUUUUGACACGCUAAACAGAUCUAAUAUUAAUUGA